GUGCAAGGGAGCGCCUCGCCUGCGGUCUCGGCGGCCGGAGGCCAAAGCUGCGGAGAGGAACAGUCGCCGCGCUGCGCCUGCAGCUCGCCUCUUUACCCUCCACCGGCUGGGCCGCACAGGCGCGGUCUAGGCAGCCCCCACCGGAGUGCCUCAAGUCUGCACUAACUGCCCUCGCUUCAGGCCUUCCGGCCCGCAGCUUCCUCUGGGCGCAGGACUCGACGACGGUUAGCCCCAGGUCAGCGGGAGGCACAGACCAGCUGCAGGCGCCCCAGCCCUAGACCGUUUCCGGGCCCCUUGACCGCCUGGCACCAGCGCGCAAAGGGCCCUUCAGACCGCGACUAGGGCCUAGUCCCGCUCCCGACACCGCUGCCGGCUCCUGGCCUCGAGCUGCAGAACACGAGCAGAGCCGUCGGUGGGCGGGACACUCCUGAGCCUCCGUCUGCCCCGAUUCAGCCCGGAAACCGAGAGCGCCAAGACUCCAGCGCACCCCUGGAGAAGCUGUGCUCCGAGUGCCAGCCCGCAAGGACUCCCAGAGCUCUCCGCAGAGGGGUCCAGGGCCCACUCCUUUGGCCAGCAGCCCGGCCCCGCAGCCUCCGAGACCCGCCCCCGCCCCUCGACAGUAGCGGGCGGCGGGGACGCCCAGGACGCGGGACGGCUGCGCCAUGACGGCUGAGAGCCGGCCGCCGCCGCCGCCGCCUCAGACGGAGGUGCUGGCGGCCGUGAAGGAGGAGCGCAGUGAGGCGGCGACCGGGGUCCCAACGGAGGCCACGGGUCGCGGCACCGGUGGGCGUCGGCGGAAGCGCCCCCUGCAGCGCGGAAAGCCACCCUACAGCUACAUUGCGCUCAUUGCCAUGGCCAUUGCGCACGCGCCUGAGCGCCGCCUCACGCUAGGCGGCAUCUACAAGUUCAUUACGGAGCGUUUCCCCUUCUACCGCGACAACCCCAAAAAGUGGCAGAACAGCAUCCGCCACAACCUGACGCUCAACGACUGCUUCCUCAAGAUCCCGCGCGAGGCUGGCCGUCCAGGCAAGGGCAACUACUGGGCGCUCGACCCCAACGCCGAGGACAUGUUCGAGAGCGGCAGCUUCCUGCGCCGCCGUAAGCGCUUCAAGCGCUCGGACCUCUCCACUUACCCAGCCUACAUGCACGACGCGGCGGCUGCCGCCGCCGCUGCCGCCGCCGCCGCCGCUGCCGCCAUCUUCCCGGGAGCAGUGCCCGCUGCGCGCCCGUCUUACCCCGGCGCCGUCUACGCAGGCUAUGCCCCGCCGACGCUUACCGCGCCGCCUCCUGUCUACUACCCCGCUGCGUCGCCAGGACCGUGCCGCGUCUUCGGCCUGGUGCCUGAACGGCCACUCAGUCCAGAACUGGGCCCCGCGUCGUCGGGGCCCGCGGGUUCCUGCGCCUUUGCCUCGGCCAGCGCCUCUGCAGCCACCACAGGCUACCAGCCUGCAGGCUGCGCGGGGGCCCGACCUACCAACCCCUCUGCCUACGCGGCCGCCUACGCAGGCCCCGAUGGCGCGUACCCGCAGGGCGCAGGCAGUGCCCUCUUCGCAGCGGCUGGCCGGCUGGCGGGGCCCGCCUCGCCCCCCGCGGGUGGCAGCAGUGGUGGCGUUGAGACCGCAGUGGACUUCUAUGGGCGCACAUCGCCCGGCCAGUUUGGAGCGCUGGGGCCUUGCUACAAUCCUGGGGGGCAGCUCGGAGCCGGCAGUGGAGGCGCCUAUCAUGCUCGCCAUGCGACUGCCUACCCUGGCGGGGUGGAUCGAUAUGUGUCCGCCAUGUGAGCCGAGCUUUCGGUCGAAAAUUCAUAGAUAUCUCGGCUCUCCACAUGAACUAAGUUUCCCUGAGACCUGAGAACAGGACUGAAGAGAGGAUUUGAGAGCCACGUGGAAGGGACAGAGAGGGCAGGAGAGGCAUACAUAGCCUCCCAGCGCACCGCGUACACACCGGUCCGCUUUGGAAAUUGGAGGAUGUGGGGAGAGGCAGCGAGGGCCCACGGACUGGGAUAAAGGACCCUCAGUAAGGCGAAGCUCCAAAGGACAUGCCUUUCACAUUCUACUGGUGAGGGUACUUGGCGAUAAUGGGGGCGCAGCGUAGUGCGUACACCAGAGUCUAGGUCUGAACUGUGGAGAAUCACCACCAUGUCUUCACUCAUCCCCGUAUUGCAAGAAACUCGGCCGGGCCUUUUACACGGUUCUGCUUCUUGCGCCUUUGAUUACUACAGCAAAGGCUCCAAUAGCGCCUUCCUUAAGGUGAGGAAGAUGAGUUUGCAAGAGAAGUAGCCCCCUCCUUUAAAAAAAAGGGGGGGGGGGGUUCUGCUUCUCUUGACCUGGGGCUGGUUUUCCCUGCCUUUGAGAACUGCAGACCUGGCUCUUAGUCUGGAGACUGUGCCUCAGCUCCAGAGUGUGACCUAAUCCCAUCGCCCACAUCCCCAGUCUCUUCAUCUGCCAUACAAGAGGGCUGCAGGAUUCGACGCCAUAUGGCCUUUAAGGGCUGCGUCAUCGUGGAUGCUGCCCUGCGAAUCUGGCAGCAUCGGUGGGCCACCCAGGGCCUGACCCUAUUCCCAAGAACUGGAACAGAGCUUAGGACAAGCUCCUGCCCUGAAGUCUCUGGAUUGGUUCCAGGCAGCAAUUAUAUUAUAAUUUCUUGAACCUUUUGAGCAUGAUGUGCUGAUCAUUCGGCAGCUGUUAUGCUAGGUCAUAAAUUGGGUUUUCCAAUGAGACAGGUAAAAAUACAUUUGUCCAUUGUCCACGCUUUCAUUUCAGUAAGUGACCCUGCACCAAAUUGGAAAACUAAAAUUCAAAGAGACGACAGGACUCAGGGCAGCCCUUUGGUUUCGGCUUGUUGAGGUGGCUCUACCAUCCCUGGCAGUCUCUGCAGUACAAAAAGGAAAGAGAAAAAUUAACUGGGUCCGUCAGUGAAGUAAGCUUUAGAAAGAAACUGGAUUUUUAACUUUGUUUUGUAUCCGUUCGUUUUAAACAUCAAGCUGACCCAAAGCAGAGAAAACUCAACUGCAUUCCCACCUUUCUCUUAAGAUACCUUGUUAAGUUUUUAUUCUGGAACCAAAAUUUCCAGGGUUAAAUACUUCAGAGGCUCGGUAUGCAGCUCUCAGAUAAACCUGAGUGUUCAGAUGAACUGUUUUAAUAAAAAAUCUUUGAUCAAGUGAGUUCUGGCAAGAGAAACUCUGCACCUUUCUGAGUAGUUAACUUGCUAGCGAAGGGGUGGGGGUUGCGUGAGAAAGACUGAAAACCAGUGGUAAUUUUUAUUUUUAAUCUUGGGAAUUGUGCUCUCUUGUUCACAAAGGCAUGCGAAUGUGAUUCAGUCCAGACGGGUAUUUGUCUAAAUGAGUACUGUCCAGAAUGGAAACUACACGUGUAAUUUAAAAUUUUCUAGUAGCCACAUUAAUAAACAGUUGAGAUUAACUAAUAUAUUGUAUUUAAGCCAAUAUAGCCAAACUAUCAUUUCAACAUAUAAUCAAUAUAAAAAUUUGUUGAGAUAUUUUACCUUUUUCAUACUAAAUCUUCAAAAUCUGGAGUGCAUUUACACUCACAACUCAUCUACAUUUGGACUAGCCACAUGCCAAGUGCUCAAUAGCAGUAUGUGGCUGAUGGCUACCGUACUGGACCCUACGGGUCUAGAUGCUGGUCUUUCCUGACUUCAGUGGUGGGUAAAUGACCAUCUGGAGGCAGGAGGUCUCUGGAGAACUGGCCUUGCUGUCUGGGUCCAGAUUCCACAUCCAGCCCUGCGUCCUUGCAAAAGUGUAGGUAUUGGGCCCCUCUCGUCUCCAUAUAGACCCUUGCAGGUGUUAAAUUCAAAGGUUCUCCAUGGGCAUGCUAGACAGUCUGGCUCUCCCAGCCCAGAAGUCAAGAUGCCUUGCCUAAUUGGUAGUGGCCAGAAAUUGAGAGCCCUCUCUCAGGGGUUUAGUACUGGACUAGCAAGGGCCCAGGAGCCAUAUUUGGGCUGGGAAAGGGCGGUCUAUAUGCCCAGUUAGUGCGGUAGUUGACCUUUUGUCUCUUUUUUAACUACCAAGUCGACUGGAGGAGUCCCUUUUCCUCCAGUGUCCACGUUUGUGAAGGGGAAUUUGUGACUCCUGCCACGGAGUGUCCUCCUUAAGCUAAAGGGGACAAGAGAGGUGAAAAGCGCUUGUGAACUAUAAAGUGCUGGGCACAGGAGGGCUUUAAAAUUUUAAAGCGUAGCCUUAUCCCAAAGCCUGGGGAGCGUGGGGGUAAAGCUCCGGGAGCGGGAAGGUUGGGGUGGGAAAGUGCAUGCGACUCGGCACCCUCCGCCCAAUUUGUCGACUAGGACCUCAGGUGCGAUUUUGUCCAAAGAGAGGGUCUGUGCCUGGAGAAAGAGGACGCCUUGAGGGAGGGAACUGGGUGUGUGCAGAGGCAGCCUGGAGAAGACAGGGAAACGCUCCAGAGCUCCAGAGUCAGCCCUUCUCGGCCUCUUUCGGGCCACAUCCGAAGCUCGCGGGCCACCCGGCCUGCCUAGAAUGGGUGCUGCGCAGGCGAGUGAGCGCGGCUCCGGCUUCAACCACAGCCUGGCAAGUGAGCGGGCCGACCCUGCAGUCCUCAGGACUCUAAUCUUGAGAACAUUUCACUGCAGCAUCUUGGAACAUGCCAACUCUAUGAAUCCCCAAACAGUGGAACACAACCUCUCGGUUCCCCCAUCUGGGAGCUCAGAAUCGGGAGGCGCGUUUCUUUAUUUUUUUCCUCUUCUUCCUAUGCAUGAAACUAGAAAAAUCGUUUGCCCCUCUCUGGGCCCUGCACCCCAGCGUCGUGUGCAGGCGCCCCCGGGCUGUGGGUAAUUAGAUGCGUUCUUCCCUAAUUGCCCAAGGCUCGUUAGAAUUCGCCCCAGAGCUGUAACAUUUAUUUUCUUUCAAAUUAACUUUGCUUGCAAUUAAGCUUAGGAAACCAGCAACAAAAGCAGACUUGGCCUGAGGUCGUUUACUACGAAAACGGAUUAGGGAACUUUUUCCCUCAAUUUAAGGGGAAAGAUUCCUGCGGCCAGCGUUUGGGGGAAGUGUCCAGACAGCAGAGGUAAAGGGGGGCAGGAAGCUGCUGGCGGCGCUUGUAGAUGGUAACCGUCUUUGGCCUUCCUUCACAUCUCCGUGAUUCGUGUGCCCAGAGGAGUAAGGGUGAUGUCGUUGAAAUAAAUUCGGGACGGUUUCAGCUGAAUUACAAACCCAUGACAUGAAGCUAAUGUAUAUAGUUACAGUUUACCCCGCUGGCUCAUAAACAUAAUCUCAUUUACUAA